GCCCCCGCGAAGCAGAGCAGCAAGCUGUACAGUAGCCGCGCCGCCCGCGCCGCCCGCCGCCGAUAGCCAUGGUCGGAGAUGUGAGCGGGACGAUCGCCGCUGCGGCCGCCGCCUCCGCCGCGGCGAUCGCCUCCACCUCGGCGGCGCCGGGUACGCCGCCGCCGGCGGCGAGGGCGGAGGCGCAGUACGUGAGCGCGAAGACGUCGGUGUGGUGGGACAUAGAGAACUGCCAGGUCCCCAAGGGGUGCGACCCCCACGCGAUCGCGCAGAACAUCAGCUCCGCCCUGGUGAAGAUGAGCUACUGCGGCCCCGUCUCGAUCUCCGCCUAUGGCGACACCAAUCGGAUCCCUAGCUCGAUUCAGAAAGCGCUCUCCAGCACCGGCAUCGCGCUCAACCACGUCCCGGCGGGUGUGAAGGAUGCCAGUGACAAGAAGAUUUUAGUUGAUAUGCUAUUUUGGGCUGUGGAUAAUCCCGCUCCAGCAAAUUAUCUGCUGAUUUCCGGCGAUAGGGACUUUUCUAAUGCCCUCCAUCAGUUGCGUAUGAGAAGAUAUAAUAUACUCUUGGCACAACCACAAAAAGCAUCGGCUCCACUUGUAGCUGCUGCGAAGAGCGUAUGGUUGUGGACGAAUCUUGCCAGUGGAGAAUUCCCUCUGGCAAGUGGUGAUUCAUUGCAGCUUGCUAAUCGUAACAAUCCAUUCGUCACCGGCCCAACUUAUGAACCAACCCAGUCAAGUCAAUUCUUAAGUUCUGAUAGUAUGUCCAUGUCUUCAGUAAGGUACCAAACUUCUACUACUGGGAGGUUUAGCGAUAACACACAUAAUGCUAAUGGAAAUAAGGCUUGGAGAUCUCCUAUGCUGUCAAGCAUGACCAGAGCAGCUAGUUUUCCUGGUGUCAUGCAUGGUGAUACAAAAAAUACUAAUCAUAACAAGUGGGAAUUCACACAAGAAAAGCAGUUUAAAAAAGCGCCCCAUGAAUUUUUUAGUGCUGGUGAGUCUAUUGUCUCUGCCAGUAAGUCUGAACCAAACAGUUCUCCUAUGAAACAUGAUUCCUAUGGCCGUCCACAAGAUCUCUUUCCUCGUCCAGUUACUCCAAACAACCCUCCUGUGCAGCCUAAUUUUGGUCGUGGUAACCCAAGGCAUCCUAAUCCUAAUCAGGACUUCCGUUCGGUUACUCCGAGACCUGACACUUUGCUACCUCCUUCUGUUCCAGUCCCAGGUACGCCCAAUAUUGGCAAUCUAAGGCUAUCUGAAUCCCCAAGCUAUGCACAAUACCGCAAUCAAAUGGACAGAUGUGAGAAUAAUUAUAGGUUUGAUGAAUCUACACACUCAGUUAGCUAUAAUACAUUGAACAGAAGCCAUGUGUCCAUGGGUCAACAAUUUCAACCUAAUACCAGAUACACCGGUGGUCUUGAAUUUUCAUCUUCAUCUUCUCAGAUUGUUAAUGUUGAUGCUGGCAAUGGUGUCCGGGGAAGUCAGGGAUACACACCGCCUGCCGAGUAUGUGCAAGGCCUUAUUGGUGUCAUAAUACUGGCAUUGAACACUUUGAAAGAAGAAAAAAUUAUUCCUACUGAAGUAAACAUCACUAAUUGCAUACGUUAUGGGGAUUCUAAGUUCCAGAAUAUAGAUGUGAAAAAGGCCUUGGCCAGUGCACUUGAGCAACGUAUGGUUGUAAAGCAAAGUUUAGGGGCGCUGCAGUUAUAUGUGGGUAGAAAUGAGAGAUUAUGGAACUGUGUCAACCUUAUUGGUGGAGAUCCUAGUCAUUACCUGAAAGAAAUAUGGGAUCGCAUAGAAAGUUUCCUUUCAUCUGCAGCCGGAAGAUCAGCCUUGCUUGCUUCUAGAUGCAGGUACGAGGCAGCUUUAAUUAUCAAGAGAGCUUGCUUAAAAGAUCUUCCUUUGGGCAACAUAAUGCAGCUAUUGAACAUGAUAAUUACAAUCAAGAAAUGGAUUAUUCCCCCCCAAAUAGGAUGGCAACCGAUUACUAUUACUCUUGCAGAGACUAAAAGUGACGUGGAUACUACAGUCGAAGCUUGAUUUUGAUGAUGAAAGUCAUUAAUGCAUCAAUAUUUAGACUUUCGGAUGCUAAAGAAGCUAUAUCAUAGAAACUAGUUAUGUACUCUACGAAUAGUUUGCAUUGCAAACAAACUUUCUCAUUGGUUUUUGCAUGGUUGAAAACCAUAAUAUAGUCGAGGCCAAGAACUUCUUUGAGGAAAUCACUUGAGAUUGCAGACCGAUUGUUUAUGAUGGACAAUUGGAUGCUUCAUUCCCAACAACCGGAUGGUGCAGAAGAUCUUACUGUGGUGACAAGUAUAUGGGCUGAUAGAAAAUGCCUCAAGACAAUUAGUUACAAAUGGAGUCACCAUGGAAGAAUUUGCAGCUCAUCUGUUAUGUGCGCGGGAGGUUUUGAUGACUUUUCUUAGCAGCUCAAAAUAUGCUCAGUCAAAUGUAGGUUCGCAUUUACGUCCUAUCAGUACGUUCUGAUCUUUGUCGGUGGAUAAUGGAUGAAGGGAUUGCUAUUGAUGCAGCGCUUGACUGCAGUACUAGUUGGGGAAGAAGCUCUUUACUCGCUGUAUUUUUGGAUUGAACUAGUAAUGUCGGUUGAUAGGUUUAGUUAACUAUUUGGUCGUGUGUUUCUGUUUCUCUUGGAACAUUAUGGUAAAAAAGAGCCUACGAUCUGGGACUAUUUAUGUAUCUUCCUCUUUGUUGGUUUCUUGUAAACCGAUUUUCUGGUUAGAAAUGAAUCUCAAUGGUGUUGAUUUCAACC